AUGAUGCACCGAGCUCUGAUUGCAGCCACUUGGGGUCUAGUCACACACAAUGUGAACCAAUCUUCUAUAAAAAAUCACAAUGGCAAUGGUUGUACUUAUCUUCUUCGUGAUGUCGUAACUACUGCUGAUCAGAUGGUCGAAGCCUACAAGGAUAUCGUCGGUGCGCCUGGGGUCUCUGUCUCUGUCUCUAUUGACGGGAACAUUGUUUACUGUAGAGGUUUUGGAUUUGCUGAUGUGGAGCAAGGCGUCAAAGUAACUCCACAAACCAAAUUCAGGAUCGCGAGUAUUAGCAAAUCUUUCACUUCUCUACUUGUCGGUCGUAUGGUUGACCAAGGUCAGCUUAAUCUCGACGCAGACAUAAAGACCUACUUGCCAGGCUUUUCUCCAAGGACAAAGGAGGGGAAUUCUGUUUCAAUAACCAUGCGGCAGCUGCUGAGCCACACAAGUGGUAUUCGCCACUAUCAUAAAUCGAAAGAUGAGAAUGACGAUGAGUAUACGGGGGAGAUGCUAAGCACUAAGGCAUGCGACUCAGCUCUGGACUCCUUGGCCAUAUUUCAAAACGACGCGCUGUUGUAUAGGCCUGGUGAGGACUAUCUCUACAGCACUCACGGUUUUACGGUUGUGGCUGCGGUAUUGGAGGCGAUAAUGAGCAAAAACUACCCACACUAUUCUCUUUUUGAGCGACCAGAUCGUCUGAAGGUGCCUACUGGGAGCGGGAUCGGAAAAAUGCCUGAAGAAGUCAAAUCAUCUUCACUGUUCAAAGAACUAUUUAAAUUCCUGAGUCUUCAAAACACCUGCUUAGAUGAACCUUACAAUAUCGUCCCCUUCCGUGCAAGACCUUAUCGACGAGCAAAGAAAAAUGGACGUUUGGAGAACUCUCCCUGUGUUAACAACUCGUGCAAGUGGUCGGGCGGUGGCCUUCUGUCAACAACUCCAGACCUAGUGAAAAUGGCCAGUCACUUGGCUGACAUCUACAUGGGACGCCUUUGUGACCUUCCACAGCUGGCUGUUGUCUCCCGCGACACCCUUGUGAAUUGUCUCUGGCACCCUAACCGUGGAACAAUUCAAGGGCUGUGGCUCCCUGGCGGCCUCUACGGUCUUGGACGUUCGACCACUCCGAUUGACAAGGCAAAAGACUCCACUCACUCCGACCGCCUCUAUGUGGGUCACACGGGAGGAGCUAUAGGUUUUACCUCCAUUCUCUUCAUGAGUCUGCCGAUCGCCGCAACAUCGACUUCGGAUGAAAGUGACGACCCUUCCUCAGCCUCCCAUCUACCCCCAAUUUGCGUAGCUAUUCUGGCGAAUCUGGAGAAUGCGAAGGGAAUCGGCCAGCUCGCCAUCCAUUUGACGGAGUUAUUCACUGCGGUUCUUCUCACUCCUCAUAUCUGGCCGGCUGCACCAAUAAUAACCGCUGAGGGACCCCUUUCAGCGCCACCGAUAGCAAUUGCUGCUUAG